AUCUUGGACCUUGCAUCACACAAUUCCAAGCACGCCAGUCUCUAUCAUUCAAAAUACCCAUGGAACAUUUCUGGACCGACGUUGAUUUACGUUAGCAUCGGCUUUAAAUGCCCAAUUGUCUGAGCCUUUCUGCUAUGUACAGAUGAUUCGCCGCUGUUUGUUCUAGUUGACGGCUUAUUAUGAACUUCCUGAUACCCCGCCCAUUCCACUUUCUUCAAUAAACACCACCAUCUCUAAACAUGUCCCAUCAAGCAACGCAUCUUCAUGACUCGCAUCUAUUUAGGCAACAGAGGCUAGGGAGUGGUACUUGUGUAAGAUGUCCGGAUCUCAAGAGGAAAAUAUCAAUGAACGAGCUCCGUUGCUCGGUAAUGCACAGUCAAGCUGCAACACAUCAAGUGAGCCAACCUCCAAGGUGUCCACGAAAGCAGCAUGGCUUCAUCGUCCGCGAAGGCAAACCAUCGCUUUGAUUCUGUCCAAAAUGCUGGCUUCAUUGAUCAUUGUCGGUGUUUUACUCACUUCCAUUGCUCUUCACGAGGGAAAGAAAUCUAACGGACUCACACCACCAAUGGUCAACCUCACCUACACCAUCUACGAGGGCAUCCGUCUAUCUAACGGCGUCAACGCUUUCCUAGGGAUGCGUUAUGCCACUCCUCCGCUUGGAGAUUUACGCUGGCGAGCACCAGUUAAGCCAAGGAGAACCAACACCGUCGAGAGGGCUGAUCAGUUCGGGCCAAUAUGUCUCAGAGCCGGUGUAAGUGCACCGUCUCCUGGUCAGAGUGAGGACUGUCUUUUUGUGAACGUGUGGGCUCCAGCGAAUGUCACGGAAAAGUCAAAGUUGCCUGUUUGGGUGUUUAUUGGGGGAGGAGGUUACAAUGCCCUCACUAAUGCUAAUUGGAACGGAAGUGAGGUCGUCCAGAAGUCCGGCCACAACAUCGUCAUGUUGGACUUUAACUAUCGGGUUGGGAUGUGGGGGUUCCUCGCCAGCCAGCGGGUGAAAGAUGACGGUGAUUUGAAUGUCGGCUUGCUCGACCAGCGGAUGCUAUUGACUUGGGUAAAGAAACAUAUCUCCGCCUUUGGAGGAGACCCCGACCAUGUAGUCAUCCACGGUGCAUCAGCAGGAGCAGGCUCCGUAGUGAUGCAUCUGUUGGCAUACGGUGGCCGUAACGACAACCUUUUCGUAGGUGCCAUGUCCGAGUCACUUUUCUUCCCAGCCCAGCCGUAUGUAAAAGAGCUCGAAUAUCAGUUCGACCGAUUAGCGCAGCAGGUUGGCUGUUCGACUGUAAAUUCGGAGGAGCAGCUCAAUUGUUUACGGAGUCGGAACGUCACCUCUUUACAAGCAGCUAAUCACGCCCAACAUUUCCCGGGCCGUGACGGACCACUCUUGCCUAUCUUCUACUGGACUCCAUGCGUGGACGGUGACUUCUUGCAGGACCUCCCUUACCGGCUUAUCCGAAGAGGUCGUCUCUUGAAUGUACCGAUUCUUUUUGGUACCAACACGGACGAAGGGUCAGUCUUCGCCUACGACUCCCUCACCCCGUCCGACUUCACCAACUUCUUCACCACCAACUACCCCCAUCUUACCCCCUCCGACAUGCGCCAUAUCCUCUCGCUCUACCCGCAACUGCCUCCCUUGCCGAACCGUAACCCCUGGUAUCCAACCACCAGUCUUGCCUACGGCGAAGCCACAUUCAUCUGUCCCUCUAAUAACUUUCUCGACGCUUUCGUUUCCACCUCCCCCUCUCCUUCCUCCUCAUCACCAUCCCCGAGCAACCAAACCCAAAGAAGGAAAGCGUUCGCCUACCGUUUCAACGUCCGCGACUUUACCCUCCAGGCCGCCGGCGUCGGCGUGCCCCACCUCUUCGACGCGGCCGCCAUUUUUGGGCCGGACAACAUCAGCGGGUUCGGGGCCGGGGAGGAAAGCAGCUACAAGACGUAUAACGCACCGAUUGUUCACAUGUUUAUGGCGUACUGGAUCAGUUUUGUGAGAACGUUGGAUCCGAAUAUAUUGCGGGAGGGGGGAAGUCCCGAGUGGGUGACAUGGGGUUGGGGUUCUUCUUCUGUGGAUGAAAACGGGGAUGCGGAUGGAAGUGAGGGCGGUGGGAUGGUGGACAGAGGUAGGAGAGGGAAGGCGAAGAGGUUGCUGGUGGAAUUGGGAGAUACGAGGAUGGAGGAGGUUGGGGAGGAAGAGAGUGAUAGAUGUCGAUUUUGGGAGGCGUUGGGGGAUCGGUUGGAGCAACUCCGACGGGUGUCAUAGUACAAGACAACACUUGACACUAGGCAGGCAUUGUGAUAAGUAUCUUGUGAUUUAACAUUACGAUAUGUAAUCCUUUCCGGAUAACCUUCCGAGUACAGAGCGAAAUUAGCGAUAAGAGACUGGAAAAAAGACUGAGGAGUGGAUGCGGGAAAUAUGAGGAGUAAGAGGGAAAAAAAAAGCGAGGAAAAUUGAGAGAGGAGGAGGGAAAAAAAGACAAGAAGGAAUGAAAAAUAAAGAAGAUUCUCCUCGUCCUGUUGGCAAUAGGUGCAAAAGAAAAACAAUAUGCGCCAGCCGCGAAUCGAACGCGGGGCCCAUCGAUGGCAACGAUGGAUUUUACCACUAAACCAC